UUCGUUUCCCAGCAACAUCUAGUGAGAUAAAAGCGAGCUACAAUAAUCCUUCGUCAUCGUCUCUUGGUAUUUCGACACUGCAAUUGGAGAUUGUCUUACGGGUCUGGUGGUGUUUUUUUUUAAUAUAAGACAAACGUACAGAGAGAUAAGAUAGCUUUCACGACGGUGCGUGUCCAUCAACAUCCAUAGAGACACGGCUGCAAACCCCGAUCCCGACGAACAAGGCCGGACGCGCGCAUCCUCUCCUCAGUCGCAGGCAAGAUGUCUGGUGCUGCCGCCGCGGAUGGAGCCGCCCGGUACGACCAUUACCGGCUGUACCGUGUCGAGCUGGCGACGGACGAGCAGGUGCAGCUGUUCCAGCAGCUCGAGGCGAAGAGCGACAGCUGCACCUUUUAUGGCCAUGCGCGGCAACCGGGCCAGCAGCUCACGAUCAUGGUGUCCGCCAGCAAGGUCGCGGACUUUGAGGAUCUGCUCGCGCUACACGCAGUGAGCGGGCGCGUGCUCGAGCGCAACAUGCAGCAGCUGAUCGAGCGGGAAGCGGCCACGGUACAGCCGGCCAGCACCGACCCGAGCCAGAUGGACUGGGAGCACUACUUUCAGCUCGAGACGAUUUAUGCCUGGAUGGAGUUGCUGGCGGAACGCUUCCCGGGCGCGGUCAGCACGCUCGACAUCGGCACCAGCUACGAGGGGCGCCCGAUCAGGGGAGUGAAGCUGUCGCGCCGUCCCGGCAACAAAGCGAUCGUGGUCGAGGGUGGCAUACACGCGCGGGAGUGGAUUUCCCCCGCCACGGCCACAUUUCUGCUGCACGAGCUGGUCACGUCGGAGGACCCGACCGUGCGCGAGCUCGGCACCGCGUACGAUUGGUUCUUCUUCCCGAUUGUGAACCCGGACGGGUACCGGUUCACCUUCACCGGGGACCGGCUGUGGCGCAAAAACCGCAAACCGUACGGCCUGUGUCGCGGUGUCGAUCUGAACCGCAACUUCGACAGCAACUGGGGCGGGGUCGGUUCGAGUGACGAUCCGUGCAGUUACGAUUUUUCCGGCAGUGGCCCCUUUUCCGAGCCGGAAGCGGUCGCGCUCGCUGACUUUGUGCGGAACAAUGUGGGCCCGGCCCGGAUACGGACGUACAUUGCGCUGCACUCGUACUCGCAGCUGCUGAUGUUCCCGUACGGCCACACGGCGGACCGUGUGCCGAACUACGACCAUCUGCGGUCGAUCACAGAGAAAGGAAUCGCCGCGCUGACGGCAGUCAGCGGAACAUCGUACCGCGGGGGAAGCAAGUACGAAACGAUCUACCCGUCGAGCGGUGGCUCGAUCGAUUGGGCUUACCGUCCCGGUGGCGUACCGGUGUCCCUGACGUUCGAGCUGCGCGGGCCGCCCGAUUCCACCGACAUGUUCAUACUGCCGGCGGACCAGAUCCGGCCGGUCGGGAAGGAAACGCUCGCGGCAUUCAUGGCAAUCGUGCAGGAAGCGACCCGGCUUGGUUACUAUGAUAGCUAGGGGGCGCCCUCGGGGAAGGCGAGAUGGGAGGAAAGAAGGGAAGGAAUAAAAAUAUCUUCGUGACACCCGAAGCCGACAGCCCUUCGUGGCUGAUGCUGAUCGAACCUGCGAACAUGCUUCGCUAAAUUUAUACGCCAAUUUAA